AAAGGGGUAAAUUCAACCCCCAAAAUUGAAAAAAAAAAUCUAACUUCUAUGAAAAUUUUUAUUACACCACCAAACUUGGGAAACAUUGGUUGGGAUAUUCUAUUCAACAUAUCCAAAGAUGAAGGGUCCAGGGCGGGGAUGAAGGGGGUAAAUUCAACCCUCAAAAUCGAGAAAAGAGUCUAACUUCUAUAAAAAAAAUUUAUUACACCACCAAACUCGGUGGAAACAUUGGUUGGGCUAUUCUAUUUAACAUAUCCAAAGAUGAAGUGUCCACGGCGGGGAUGAAGGAGGUAAAUUCAACCAUCAAAAUUGAGAAAAAUGUCUAAAUUCUAUAAACAUUUCCGUUACAACACUAAACUCGGUGGAAAAAUUAUUUGGGAUAUUCUAUUUAACAUAUCUAAAGAUGAAGUGUCCAGCAAUUUAUCGGAUUUAUCAGAAUUUCAAGAAACUAUUGAAGAUAGUCAAGAUAGACCUACUGUAAACUUAAAUAAUUCGAGCAAUUUAUGGGAUUUAUCAAAAAUUCAAGAAACUAUUGAAGAUGAACCCUCUGUAAACUUAGAUAAUUCGAGUUAUGUAGGAGCUGACGCAAUUGGUGGAAAAAGAAUAUUUGAUGUUGCCCAUCUUUUUCGCCAAAUUCUAAAUUCAGAGAGACACGCACUGUAUGAUUGCACUUUAGCUGAUAUGAAACUAGUUCGAGAAAUAAGACAUGGUCUACACAGUACAUUUAUCCUCGAGUGCAAAAUGUGUUUAUGUAUUAGGCAAAUCACUACUGUUGAAAAGUCUGAUACAAUAAACUCGAAUUCAGCUAUGGUAUUGGGUGCCAUUUCAACUGGGAUAGGAUAUUCGCAAAUAAAUGAGCUUGCAGCUUCUCUCAAUAUGCCUUUUAUGACAUCAAAAACCUUUAAUCGUUAUCAUGAAUCUGUAGGCGGAUAUAUCAGAGAAUCACUAUGUACAUGCAUGGAAAAUGCCGCAGCCAAAGAAGCUGAGUUAGCUCUAGAAGAAGGCGACGUAGAUGAGAACGGUAUUCCAUGUAUCACAGUCGUUACUGAUGGCGCUUGGGCUAAACGCUCUUACAAUGUAAAUUAUGAUUCUAUGUCUGGUGUGGUUUCUAUUUUAGACAAAAACCGAAGCAAUAAAAAUAUAGCAGUUCCUAUGGCUAUACGAAAAGAAAUUUUUAGCAAAUUUAUGCGACUAAGAACAGCGAUUACAAAGGCCACUGCAUAUCGAAUCUCAGAAAAUAAUACUAUUGAUGAAAAAAUAAAUUUAUUGAGAGGAGAUAUAAGUAAUUCUCCUAGUCACGUAUUUGGUGAACAUGCUAAAUGCAAAGAAUUAAAUUACUUCAAAUGUAAUAAUUUGAAUGAAAAAAAUUUAAUUCCUGCUAUGAAAGAAUGUGGUAUUUAUGACGACAUUAUGCUGGCUUUACAGAGAUUGCUGGAUAAUACGAGUAGCCUUAUAUUGAACAUGGAUAACAAUUUGGCAGAACAUUACAACAGUGUGACGUCAAAAGCUGAAGAUUUUCUUAAUAAUCUUAAGAAAACUGCAGAGGAGAUCCACUGCAUAGAAAGAAACACGAUCGGGCAGUCAGCCAACCCCUGCUGGAUCCAAGAAAGGGCGGUUAGGAUAACAGCUUCAAAUUUUGGUAAAAUUUGCAAGAUGUUUCCACAAACAUCAAGAGCAACCACAGUGAAAACUUUGCUAUAUGGAAACUUUCAUGGUAAUACAACCACAAGAUACGGCAACGAUAGUGAAGCACGCGCUAUUGCUGAAUUUGAAGACAAAUAUAAAGUCAAAAUUUCUCAAUGUAGAUUGUUUAUAGAUAAGAAAAAUUAUUAUUUAGGGGCUAGUCCGGAUGGAUUAAUUGGUGAUACCCAAUUAAUGGAAAUAAAAUGUCCAUAUUCCAUCUGUAAUAUGAAUCCAGCGGAAGCCAUCAAAGAAAAAAAAUUAGCAUUUGCUGAAUUCGUGGAUAAUGAAUUUCACUUGAAACGGAAUCAUAACUAUUACUACCAAAUCCAGGGCCAACUGGCAAUAGCUGAUAAGCAGAUGUGUUAUUUUGUAGUUUGGAGUCCUCAUGGGAUGGUAGUAGAAGAGAUUUUUCGAGACUUGCAAUUCUGGAAUGAAAAAUGUAUUCCUAAAUUGAAAUCCUUUUAUGAAAAUUUUGUUUUGCCAGAAUUGAUAGACCCCCUUUAUCCAAAAGACCUGCCGAUAUGAGACGAAAUUGUGUUCCGAGAUGCUCUUCUUAUUGACACCAUAUAACGGGGAUAGUUACCAAACUCAUCCAAUGCAAAGCAUUUUUUUACAGACGUCAAAAAAUGACAACAUUUUCACACUCAUUUCUGUGCGAAAAAUCCCACAAUGGUUUUAUUGGAAAUUGAACGACAAAGUUUAUUGAUGAACUAGCGUAUACCCAGGGUGCGCUACUACCCUAAAAAAAGAAUUGCAUUUUGUUAAUUUUUUUAUAAUUUUUUUCAUUUACCAAAUAAAUUCUCCGCCCUUGGUUAUUCUAUAAUUUGAAGAUGGCUACGGUGCGCCAAUGAACUUUUGCAUGAAUAUUUUGAGACAGAGCCAGCCGAGCAUCGCGGAGUCUCUGGCGAAGUGGCCGG